AUGGAAGCUCUCCUCGCCCAAUUCACCUUGCUCUCCGACCAAGCUUGCCAUGACAAAAACUUUGAUCCCUCCUCCAUUGAUGACCUAAUGAAACUCUUUGAGGUAGAAGCAUACAACGCAUGGGCAGCAAUGGUGCUUGAACAAGAAGAAGAAGUCAAGGAAGCUGAAGUAGCUAUGGAACAAGCUGAGGAUUAUCUUGAUUCAGUCAUGGAAAGUGCCAUGGAUGAGUUUAGGAGGUUUGAACUGGAAAUGGAAAGCAUGGCAAGGAAGGAACUGGAAAGUUUAGAAAGAACUGCUGAUAGUGCUAGGAACAUGGGAAAUCUAAUGGAGAAGGCUGCAACUAUUGCUUCUAAGAAGUAUAUGGAGGCUGCACUUAAUUCUGCUACUGCUUCCAUGAAAACUGCUUGGAAGGGACUUUCCUCUAAAAAGGUUCAUCCUUCAUAA